CACAAGAAACGGAUCCAGGUAACAUCAUUUAACUAAUUAAAAAUUACUGUGUUUACCGAGUGGAGGACAACAAACAAACAUCAGCGGCUGGACGGUGACCUGCUGCGGGGUGUUUGUCACCGGCAGCAUCACGGAGGUGAGCGAGCCCACCAAGGAGGAGAAGGCGGUGGCCAAGUACCUCCGUUUCAACUGCCCCACCAAGUCCACCAACAUGAUGGGCCACCGGGUCGACUACUUCAUCGCCUCCAAGGCCGUGGACUGUCUCAUGGACUCCAAGUGGGCAAAGGCUAAGAAGGGAGAGGAAGCGCUCUUCACCACCAGGGAAUCUGUGUUGGAUUAUUGCAACAGACUCCUAAAGAAGCAAUUCUUCCACCGGGCUCUCAAAGUGAUGAAGAAAAAACCAGAGAAGGACACCAAGAAAGAGAAAGAGAAAGAGAAGGAGAAAGAGAAAACCAAGGCUGACAGCAGCAAAGAGGAGGAGAAAAAAGGAAAAAAGGAGAAAGAAAAGAAGAAAGAGUCUGAGGCUGGGGAAACCAAGAAAGAGAAGAGCGAUGACAGUCCCGGCAGCCCAAAGAAGAAGAAAGAGGUGAAGAAGAAGUUUAAAUUGGAGCCUCAUGAGGAUCAGCUGUUCCUGGAUGGAAAUGAGGUUUACGUGUGGAUUUACGAUCCCGUCCACUUCAAGACGUUUGCCAUGGGGUUGAUACUGGUCAUCGCAGUGAUCGCAGCCACGCUGUUCCCGCUGUGGCCGGCAGAAAUGCGUGUAGGAGUUUACUAUCUAAGUGUCGCAGCCGGCUGCUUUGUGGCCAGUAUAUUACUUCUUGCUGUUGCCCGCUGCAUCCUCUUCUUGAUCAUCUGGCUCGUGACCGGCGGGCGCCACCACUUCUGGUUCCUGCCCAACCUGACGGCCGACGUGGGUUUCAUCGACUCGUUCAGGCCGCUCUACACUCACGAGUACAAAGGACCUCGAGCCAACAACAAGAAGGGCUCCGACAAGUCAGACGACAAGGACAGCGGCUCCUCCACCAAGGCUCAGAAGUCAGACAGCGACGAGAAGUCGGACAGCGAGAAGAAGGACGGCGACGACGAGGACUACGACGAAGAGGACGAGAGCAAGGAGGCCGCGCCGGAGGAGAGUAAAGAAGCGGAGGGAACGGGGCCGGAUCGGCACUCGGACACAGACAGCGACCGCCGGGAGGACGAAGGCUCGCAGCACAGCAACGGAAACGACUUUGAGAUGAUCACCAGGGAGGAGCUGGAGCAGCACACGGAGGAGGAAGAGGAGGAGGAAGAGACGCAAGAGAGGAAAGAAGGGGGUGGGAGUGAGACUAAACCCCAGACUGCUGAAACAUAAACUCUUUAUAAUCCUGUCACACUCUACUUUUCUCUGUCCUUCCCUCCCUUCCUCCUGUGAUCCCAGGACCUGCUAAGUCCAGUCUCUCUCUGAGCCUGCUGAGAAGAGGAGAGGCUCCCAUCUCUUGUUGUUGAGAUCUUCCACUAAACAGUACCGACAGACCAGUAACCGGGAUAGACACAGUAGUGAAAGUAAACGGCUACGACAAUGAGGAAUAAAAACAAAAUGUAACAAACAAACAAACAAAAAAGAAGCCUUAUGGUGGAUCUGAUUCCUCCAACCCAAAUGUUAUUUAUGUUAUUAAAUUAAAAAAAAAAAAAUUUUUAAAAACGAAAACUGCCACCGGACCUGUUUGCCUGAGGAAGUUGUCACAAAAACCCGUCAGACCAACAACAACUCUGAUGGAGGGUUUUCAUUUCUUUCAAGUCAAAGUGUCAUUUAAACUCAAAAUGUCUCCUGUUUUAUUUAUGUCUCCCAUCUUUAGUAAAACAAAACAGACCAGAAAGCAGAAAGAGAACAGGUGGUUUCUUGUCCCCCCCCUUCACCCGUCCUCCUUUUUUUUAUUUCAUUGUCAUCUUUUAAGCCCCAUGUAGUUGAUACAAUCAAAGUAGUUUUGGAGAUUUUGGGGAACUCGCUUUUCUUUUGUCCAUCCCUGCCAGGAGCACACUUCACAUCCUGUUAAAAGCCAGCGAGCCUGAUAACUUUCUCAGGCAGCACUUAAAGCAAACUGACCAGCGCGUCUUGCUUUGUCAACGAGACCUGGACUAAGCCGGAUGGACCAAAUCUUUGUCGUUUACUCAAAGGAACCUUAAAAAAAAAAAGUCGACCAUUUUGUGGCUGGAUAGAGUGUUCAGAGAGCAGAACAGUAUGAGGUACUCACCAUUUUCAGUAAGAAAGCAUUUUUUUAUGGCUGAUGAUCAUAGUGCAAUCCUCCACACAGUCUAAAGUACUUCUAGUUCAUGUUUAAUAAUGUGGGACUCAUCUUUAAGAGUAAAUGUGAGCAACUGGGACACAGCUGGCAUACUUAAUUUUCUUUUUUCUUUUU